CUUCUCAUCUGAAAUGUAUUCUCAAGGAUGUUUUAUUGAAAGUCUUAUGCUUAAGUGUUUGAAAAGAAGAAAUUCCAACAGUAGAAAGAGUAUCCUACUUGUUAGCCCUCAAAGCUUUAAUUAAGUCCUGAGGUAUUGUAAACUGUCAUCUUUGCUCAGUCCCAAGCUCUCUGUCUGGAAUUAUGUAGAACACUGGCAACUAACUUUGACCUGUCUGUGGAAAAAUAUUUUAAUUGUCUGCGGAUGAAACAGCAGAUUCAGUGUACUGUGGUGUUCUCAUUCAAAAUAGGCAGUGUCUAGCUAGACUGGAUUUUUUUUUUUAAGGCUGUCCCAUGCUUUUGUUUAGUGUUUACAAGGUUGCUUCUCUUCCUUUAUGUUACUAUCCUGAUAGAGAGCAUGCCAAGUUUUGUUGUGUUUUGAUGUAUAUCUAGGUGUGACUUUUGUCUCCACUAAAGUGUGUGCUUUGCAUACACUUGUGUUGGAGUCUGAAGUGUUAAUGCAAAAAGACAGAUCCCCCCCUAGGACUGUGUUAUUUGUAGUAGAGUAGCAAAACUGGAGGUUUUGAGUGACGAAUGAACACUUUAGGUCACCUACAACCCCACAGAGCCUGAAAUGAGGGCAGCGUUUCCUUCAUUUUUGUCACCUUACCUCAGCAGGCCAGAUUGUUAUUAUUAUCAUUAUGUGAGCACAGGCUUUCCUGUUGUGCUGUAAUUAGCCAAAAGUGAGCACACAAAGCUUCAGGAGAAAAGAAGAAAUACAUUUGAAACUACUGUUUAUAGUUACUGGUUCUCAGCUUGAGAUUACUGUGUUCUGACAGCAGCUGAACUGAUCAAUUUCCUUCCCCUUUCCAGUAGUAACCCAAUAAGUCAUUGAAUUAUUCCACUGCUGGUUACUCCUCGACUUUUUCCUUUUUCUAUAAGCUUAUUUGUAAAGGAUAAUCUGUGAUGUGCACUUGGCUCACUCCUAAUUUUAAAAGAUACUGUGCUUCCUGUGGGAAGGCUGAUAGUGUAAAAUGAACUAACUGUGCAAACCCAAGAAAGGAGAUUGAUAUCACUGUGUUUCAGCAAUGUACAUUAACAGUUUUUUCUUACUGUAUGAACAAUUAGAAAUGUUGUUCAGAAAGAAAAAAGGGCCAUGGGCUGCUCUGCCUUUGGGGGCUCCAGUUUCUAGAUUUAGCUAGGUUUCUUUAGGGCUCCGUUGUAAUAAAGCACAAUGUCUUGCAUUGUGCAUGUCUUGCAUUUUACUGACCUCUGAGUUUAUUUUGAUAAGUACUUUCACAAUUUUGAAAAGUGUUUGAACCUACCCAGCUUCUGCUUCAGGUGCUUUAUGUCACAGAAUUUACAGGAACUCUAUAGGGUGAAGGAUUGACAUGUCAAGGUGAUUAUCCGAGAGCAGUACCCUCUUUACCUUAGAUUCUCCAAAAGAAAAGUUGUGUAAAGAUUCCUACAGUAGUUGUGUACUGCAGAACUCUUCUUUGCACCUGCUCAAGAAAGAUCACUGUGGAUUUUUGAUCAAACUGUGAGUUGGUGCAGCCCUAAAGUAGUCCCAUCAUAGGAACAUCCUACUUCAUAUUUUGGGUUUUGAAUUUAUUUAUUUACCUGUGGUAUAAAAACGAUAAUUUUAACAACUGUUUGACUAUAUGUGGAGGUCAAUUAUUAACCAGUAAGCAGCCAUGAAGAGAUGCACAAUUACUAAGUACAGUUACCUUUAUCACUAAUCUUGACUCCUCCUUGUUUGUCCGUACAUAUUGCAGAUACUACCUAUAACUCAAAAUUGCCCUUUGCAUCUUACUACUUGAUUCAAGUUUCAUGAUUCAGGAAACAUGAUUCAUAUUUCCAAGUUUGCUGGGAAGUGACAAUCUGUGACAACAGAAAGUCAAGACCCUUUUGUGUGGUCCCAUGGCUCGCGUUCCUUUUGUUAGUUUGAUGUAUAGGCUUCUUCUCAUCCACACUGUCCCUCUCAGAUGUGGAGAAGCUGAAGUCAUGAGAUCUGAGUCUGGGUAUUCUUUGGGCAAACAAGUGAAGUCCCCACUAGGGGAGAUGUGUGCCCUACAGAUGCAGAUUGAAAUGGGGCUUCUACCUGGUCAUAGCUUUUCCAUACUUGCCCACAUUUCUUUUAUGUGGGCAAAAACUCCUCUGACCCUGACUUGCAGUUUUCUCAGUGGCAGCCUUGCCAGUGCCCUACAUCAGCCUUGUGCACAGGGGUCUGGUCAGAUGUGCCCCACGCACAGCUGGCAGAAGGCAAACAUCAGUGCAGUGUGGAAGCAGGUGAAUCAUUGUGAGGAGAUGGGCAUCUGGGGUAUGUGCAACAUGGUACCAUAAAGAACUGAUGUACACUCAUAGUCUCUGUCUGGUUUGGGUCUAUGUGUUUAACUUAUAAAAUGAAUAGUGAAAGUCUGAAAGUCUCAAGAUAAAAUGUCUUUAAAACUUUUUCCAUGUGUGGCAUUAUUGCAGCUCUUACUAUAGCUGAAUUUUACCUGUUUAUGAUUGCAUCCCUACACGAGGCUGAUUUUGUGAUCAGAAAGGCCUCAGAAGUCAGUGGAAGACAGCAGUGUCAAGCUGCUCAUAGCUCUUUUUACAAAAUUCAAGGAGACUGCCUUGGUUGUAAGAGGUUCAAAGAAGAACUUAAAUCUAAAAUAAUCAUGUUCAGUUUAUUUUAGUCUGAAAUUAUCUGGUCUAUUCAUAUGUUGUUCAUAAUAUAUUAUAGAACUUUGAGUUGAAUUUGUGCAGCCAACAAAAAUGAUCUGAAAUUCCAUCAGUCUUGAUGUUUGGUAUAUUUCUAACUGAAUGUGCAAUAUCAGGAUAAUAUUAUUAGUUGUGGAAAUCAUGAAAGCACACAAGUACAUCAUCUGUUUGGAAUGGUUAAACUGGAGGUUAAAAUGCCAGUGAGAAUUUCAGUUGCCUUCAGCUGAAGCUAGAUGUGUAGUAUCAGAUUGUGGUAAGAAAUAAUUUAUAAGUUGUUUGUUUGGGUUUGAGUUUUUUUUUUUAGUCACAGCAUUACAUGAAUAGAAGAAUUUAGUUUUACUCUGCUAUACCUACAAAUGAUGGUAAAGUCUAUGAUGAGAAGUAUGGUUCACAGAAGUUGAGUUAAAAACAAAAUAUGCCUAAGGAUAUUUUUGUUGGCUGCUAUUGAACAAUGUCUUGAUUUUUACUUAGACCUUCAAAGCAGAAAGAGUUUUACUUUGAACUUGAGGCCUAAUUACAGGGACAUAUAUUUCUUUCAGGGGCUUAACUUGUUUGUUGAAACAUAAAUAUUUUUACCAGUGUUAUUGACACUGUAAUAUUGUACUAAAGUAUCACAAAUUACAUGAAAAUUGCUAGAAACGUGGGGUUUUAUGAAGUAGUUUGACAGGGUAAGUAAUUAGGCAUAGUGAAAAAUGAGACUUAAUGUUUCCAUUUGCAAUAAUCUCUAGAGAUCCUAGUGACUAGGGUCUGACUGAAAUUUACUAGCUGCUUGGAUUAAAAUUUUGUUUCAGUAGCAACCGCAUGAAAUACUUGGAUGUUUGCUUGCAGUGCUCUUAGUAUUUUCUAACUUAUGUUUUUAGGCAGAGUGCAUUUGACAGUAGGAACUAUUACAUUAAGAGACAAAGCUUAGGCUGAAAAAGUUGGAAGCAAACAGUGUUUGACUUGGGUGUUUUGGUGAUGCUUUGGCUAAUAGGAAGAUGAAGUUCAGAGGUAUUUUGUGGGACCUUAGAAGUAUUCAGUAUAAACAUUCAUUCUGUGAAUUUGUUGCUUCUACAUAUCAGCUAUGAAUUAUAUUUAUAAUGGGCUUUGCAAACUUUGAGAAAUACUAUGUAGUAUAAACCUACAAGGUGAGAAUGGUAGUAUGUCUGUAAUGCACUGGAGGGUGGGACUUGCAGGAGCAUCCCCAAAUUUGGAAGGAUGAGAAAUAAAAUUCUCCAGUGGUUUUCUUAUAGCUUUUAAGAGGUUUGCUGGAUAAUGUGUCUUCACCAUUAAAAUGAAAUGUAAAUUUGCAAACAAAUUUUUUAUAAAGCAUACUUGAUGCAACUUUUCAUUUUAUUGAAGAAUUGAAGCUGUUAUGUGGAAAAGAGUAGUUCAGCAAGCUGCAGCUGAUUCAUGUAGCCCCAGUUGUUAUUGUGUAGAUUUGUUGUGAAACUGGAGGUAAAAGUAUUUAAUGAAGUGCAGUAUAUAAGGCCUGGGCUAAAAAAGGUUUUACUUAAUAAAAACUUGCACUUAGAUUGUUGAGUUCAGUUCUGUCCUCUGCAACAAGCUGACCCUUAAAACCUAGGAUAUGAGGUGAAAAUCAGGGCUUACCCCAUAAGAUCUGCUGAGUCACUGCAGUUUCUUCUGGCACAAGGGAGGGUUGCAAAAGUUCAGCUCUUUAUGUGAGAGACUCUUUAAGGAGUAAACAAGCAAGCUGCAAGAGAUGUACCUUUAAGGGCUAACUGAAAAGAAGAAGAAUUGUGGUGUAGUGAGUACUGGAAAGGCUAAUGUCAUCUGAUGAGGCCCCCGUCUAGGUUUUGUUUCUUGGGGUUUGUUAUUGUACUACAGCAGAGUGGAGCACUCUGCCUGUUACAGGUCUAUAUGGAGAGUAAGCAAAUGCAGUCUGCGAGACUGCUUGUGCUGUAGGGUUUCUAAGAAACUCCAGCAGCGGGCAGAGCUGGUUUUGACUUGUAAAACACCUGUGUUAUAUAAUGAACCUUGACCAUGUAUUUCAUGCCAUAUACUCUAUUAAAGUGACUUUUUUUAUCUGUGCCUAUAAAGUAUUAGAAUAUAUUCUGUUCUGCCACACACAUUAUCUUGACAUAUAGCGUUCUACUCAUGUAAGUGAGAAUCGGACCUGGCAUUCCCUGAAUAAUUAGCAAAGCCAGCAGUGAUGUUGGGAGGUUAAAAGGUCAUUCGUGAUCCUUCCAUCUGUUCAUUUACAUUAUCUUCAAGGGAGUAGCUCUCUCUGCAGCAAAAGCAAAUAUUUCAGUGAACUAAGUGCUCAGACAGUGAACUGUCAUUUCACAUAUGUGUAGUGGGUAUUAAAGAUACAGAGAGAAAGAUAAUGCCAUUUUUUCCAGCUUAACUUUGUUGUGCUGAUAGCAGAUUGCAGAGGUGGGUGACAACAGUAGCAAAAGCCAACUUGCAAUGAAUGUUAUUCUUAAGUAUGCUGGGAAUUGUAUGUUUGAGAUAAAAUAAUCUCAACUAUAUUGUGUUCUGCUGAGUUAGCAUGAAAAAUCAUUAAGUGGCCUUCUUUAAACAUCUGUGGACAAGCACAAACUGUAUCCCUGUGUAUUUGGGUUUCACUGGGAAGAGAAAGUGUCAUUCCAGUCAGCCAGAACUGCAUUGAUUUAGAUGUGAUACAUGAAACAUGGUUGGCACUGCAGCUCCUAUGCCUCCUAUUGACAAGAAAUUUUUUCAUUUUGUGUAGCAAUAUAGCCUUAGAAUGACAGUAAUUGACAGCAAUUUUUUAGGCUAAUUAGGUACUUAAAGAAAUGCCACCAAAAGUAGUUUGUCUGUUUAGUUGCUAUGAUAAAGAAACAGAGACUUGAAAGGCGGGAGUCACUCAGGUCUAACAGUGGUCUAUUGUGCUGCAGUGCCACACAAUAAAAUUGUAAUUUAUUUUGAAUGUAGUCUAAAACUAAGUAAAAGUCAAUUCUUCUUAAUGAAAAUUCACAGGCUUCCAAUAUCAUCUAUGUAUUGGAAAGACUGCUGUCCACUCAUGGAUUCAUAUUUCAUAUUAUGCAAUGAUUUAAAAAAAUACAGUAGUAUGUUUUUCUUUUUGUUCUUUGUAUUUCAGAUAUUGUAAGAACAUACCUUCUCAUAUGUAACCAUAUAUCAUCAUGAUGCUAUUAUAUAGUUUCCUAUCACUUUUUGUGCUACUUUUCCUUAAAAAUAUGUCUUUUUUAGUAUAAGAGUUAUAUGGGGACAAAUUACUUUUCCAUUUCACAGUUCUAGUGUUAUGUUCUGCUGAGGAUUUUUCAGUCUAUCACUGCAUGUUAGUGAUAAAUUGUUUAUAUUUUAUAAGCUUUAUCUGUGUGUGUGUGUGUAUGUACAUUGUACAUACGUGUAACAUCAGUCUAGUGAAAGGUGUCCCUGCCUGUGACAGGAAGUUAGGAUCUUUAAGGUCCCUUCCCCUCCCAUUCCCAUUCUAUGAUCUCUGUAAUAUAAUAAAAUGAUGUAAGAUAUCAUGUAUAUAUCACAGCAUAUAACAUAUGCAUGUAUAUAAAUUGUAUGUACAUGUAUAAAAGCAUUCUUCAGCUUAUUUCUGAAGGGCCUUUCUGAACUCAGGUAGGAUUUACAUUUUAUGCAUUUUCUUUCAUCCCAAUAUGCCUGCCUAUGGCUUAAAUAUCCGCUUUCUCAGAGAUGAAAGGCAUAUGCUGUUUUCCUAUGUUUUCAAAACUCUAAGUAGCAGUUUUUUUAAAUUCAAGCUUGUUUCUAGUAAAACUGAAGUGAUGACAGCAAGUUUGUGAGUAUUACAGUGUAGUUUUUUCUGUCUUAAAUUACCUCAUGGAGGGGAAAAUGGCUCCUAAGGAGGUAAUUUCAAGCCACAUUUUCUUUGAAAAUAUGUGAAUGAUUAAGGAGACUCUUUCCCCUCUGGUCUUAUUUUGACCCUGUAAGACCUUGAACAUAUCUUGCAUGAUUGUGUAGUUUUGAAUGUAUAAAUCUCACAGGUUUUUUUCGUCUAUAAGUGUCUGUGCUUCAACUACAUGAGUGAUUCCACCCCUUGCUAUUUGUCCCACCGCUAGAAGGAAAUCUGGAAGAUGUUUUGUAAAGUGCAUAGGGCCUCCUUGAAGUUGUAACUCAAGAGAGCUUCCUGUAAGCAAGUUAGAAUUCCUAAUGUACUUUUUGUUCAAUUCAGAUGCUGAAAUUGAAAAAUACUCUUUCCAGUCACACUGCUGAAACAUUAACAGAGCUUUGCUAUGCAGGCAUGACACCAAUAAACAUUUUGUUUUCAGAUGUUCUUAGCUAUCAAUGAAGGAGGGCAAAGCUGUACCCCAGCUCCUUGCAAACACUGAUGUUUAAACCUGAACAAUAAAAUCAGGAAAAAUAAAGUUUCUUGUCCUUCAUGGUGUUUCGAGAAGCAUGUUCAGCUCCUAAAAUAGUUCUAAUAAGUGCAGUGAGAUAUUAGCUCUUGGACUCAUAUCUCGAAUUUAACAGUGAUAAAACAUAUGUUCUUCAAAAAGCCUACUUGGAAUGUAUUUAAGGACUGUCUUCUUGUUCAAAAAUAUUAACAAAUUUCCUUGACACAUGGUGUUGGAGUAAAUGGGAAAUUGUUUGCCUUAUUAUUAAAUACAUAUUUUCCUGGUAUUUUCCUGUUAAGGAUUAUAUAACAACAAGCUGCAAUAUGGGAAAAGGUUUUUUCCCAUAUUUUUUCCCAUAUUUUUCCCCAUAUUUUUUCAAGUUUUCUGAGAUCAUUAUUAUAGUUACGGUGGAAUCUGGAGAUUAGGCCAGAAAUUGUCUAGCAGGAGUGUAAAUCACUUGAAAUCACAAAGAUAGUCCAGAUGCUGAGUAAGAAAGAGCGCUCUGAAAAAUCACUUUUUAACAAUUUCAGUGAGCUCAAAAAGGAACAAACCUGAUGAAUGACAUAUUUGUAGCUAGGAAUUAUGUUGCUGUGUCCAGGAUGAGAUACUGUGAGAGAAAUACAGUCUUCUUCAGGGUGUCUGCUCCUUUGUGGGAUGAGGAACAAAGGCCUCAGGCACUGCAUGUUGAGUGUAGUGCUUCACGUUUGGUCUUGUAACAGACAGCACGGGACGGAUGUCUGUGCUAAGAUACAAGAGGUGGGCUCCUUCUGUUGUUUAACAAAACACAGAUUAAUACUACUAGUGUAGCAUGAAUAUAAGAGAGGGAAUACCAAGCUGAUCCAGUUAUAGAAAUACUUGCAUACGAAGUAUUUUGGUUUUGUACAAAUACAAAUUUUGUCAGUGAUGAAGUAGGAGGACAGCAGUUUCUCUAUCCAGGCUGCUUUGAUGAACACAUCUAGUACAAGGUAUCCAGAAAGAUAAUCAGUGGACUGGCACACUUCUCCUGUGAAGACAGGCUGAGAGAACUGGGGUUGUUCAAGCUGGCGAAGACUCCGGGGAGACCUAGCCUCUGCCAGCUCCUAAAAAGGGCCUACAAGAAAGGUGGAGAGGGACUUUUAACAAGGGCAUGUAGUAACAUAAUAGUAAUGGCCAGUCUUUGCGAGUGAAGAUCCGGGGAAGGUCUUUACACCUUCCAGCCUGCGCAUUGGAUUUUUCAGGUGAGACACAGUGUGCGCGGAACUGAGCCCACCCUUUAAUCCUAAGGUUCAUCUGCCAGGGCCAAGCGAGCUUGGACGGUGGCAGCAAGGUCCUCAGGACGUAGAUGGAUUGCCUUACAGGGCUAACGAGCUCCAUCUGCCCGGGGAGUGUCCCUGACCAGGAAUCGAACCUGGGCCUCGGUGGUGACAGCGCCGCGUCCUUAAAGGGUAUAGGCUUUAAACUGGAGAAGGGUAGACUUAGAUUAGAAGAUGGGCAGAAGUUCUUUCCAGUGAGAUAUUGGAACAUGUUGUCCAGACAACUUGUGGAUAUUGCAUCCCUGAAAGUGUUCAAGACCAGGUUGGAUGGGGCUCUGAGCAAGCUGGUCUAGUGGAAGGGGUCUCUGCCUGUGCUGGUGGGGUUGGAACUAACUGAUCUUUAAUGUCCCUUCCAACCCAAGCCAUUCUAUGAUUCUGUAAACUGCUCUAUACUAAAAUGCACACAUGAAUGCUAGUUGUUGAAAUUGUGGCCAUGAGAUGUAAAUCACAAUGCUGAUAGUCUGUAUUUAUCUCUCAGGGCCUGUAGUUAAACUUGUGUGUGACUUAAAAAAACCUAUGCAUACAACCUUUGCAUUCUUUGUUCCCUUUAAUCUGUGAUCUCUUUUGCAUGGUAUAAUGAGAGAGGUGCAUGGGGAUGAGGUGUCCAUGGUAAAGGUUCUCUGUUAAAAAAAAAGCAUAUUGUGGAGUAACUUCACUCAUUUAAACCUCUGUGAGUCUAAUUUUGGCUCUGGUAACAGAGGUAGGAAAGAAACUGAAACAUGUGCCUCUGUCCACUUUGCAAGAACAGUGUAACACAGAACUUUUUGCAAAGUAGAUGUUCACGUCUUGCUCCUUUGGCUGCUUCCCUUAGCUCAAAAGCUCCUUUUAUAAAGAGCAAAUUAUUCACACAGAGACAAUGCAAAUGCAACUUUCUACUAUAGAUCACUGUGCGUCUAGACUGUGUCCAUUUUGUAUGGAAAAACACCAUUUGGAAGGUUAUCACAAAUAGGGACAGCAAUGUAACCUUAGCUGCUUGACAGGGUUUUAAAAUAUGCUGUAACACCAUCACCUACUAAAGAUCAACAUACUUGAAAUAACCACGCAGGUGGGUGUUUCCCAAUGUUGCAUGUACUGCAAAAAGUAGAAGCAGUAUUUAUUAUCUUGCUGAACUUUUGGAACAGUUAUUUGCUUUUAUAGAGCUUUCAUCUCAUUAUUAAGCUAUAGUAUUGAAGUGUUAUCUCCCUCUACUCCAAUUUCCUGUGAGAGUCUGUCAUACCUGGCACCAGAAUUCUUUGCAUGAUGGCCUUUGUUUUAGCCAAAAUUAUGCAUACAGUUAAUAGUUUAGAUGGAUCCAUCUGCAAAUACUGUUUUAUUUGAUGUAUUCCUAACAGAGAUGCAUUAAACUAUGCAGCGGCUAAAACACAUGCACACACGCACACACAAAUAUAUCUGUAUAUAAAUGUAAAAGUGGUUGGAUUUGGGGGGGAAGGAUUUUUUUGUUUAUUUUCCUUAAUUAAAGAAAUGAAAAAAAAUUAUUUUCUUUGCUCUCUUCCCUACAACAUAACUUUAUACUAUCAGCUGUUUUUUGACUUUUUUUUUCCCUUCCUGAAUAGCAUUUUGACUAUUCAAAUUUAAUUGCACUGAAUUGCACAAAUUUAAUUGCUACUGUUUUUAGUAGACCAAAGCAGAAAGCCUUUCCUAUGCAUGUGUUUCCUAUUAACAUGUGUUUUCCUUCUACUUUGGCUCCUUUGCUCUUCAUCCACUACUGCUUCCCUAAUUCCUCACAGUUCUACUGUGCACAGUCUUUUAUUGUGCCUCUCCCUCCCCUUAUUUUUCUUUUCCUAUCCCAAAUUGCUAAUGUGUUCACUUGCACCCUUCCUGUCUGUUUUUUUUCAUAAAAGUCUUCAAAGUGAAAGAAUGUUUUUCAGAUGGAUUUAGUUUCCUUCUUGCGGUAAGGACAUAAACAGUGCAAAGGAAAUAAACAAAGUGAAGAGUAGCCCAGAGAGAAUUUCAGUAACCUGAUUUCUGAGCAAAGAAGAGUACACACGCUCCUGUACCAUGUGAGAGACAUACCAUGGAGGUAUGAAAUGCCCCUAGAGAUUCCUCUUCUGCCCACCUACCCUGAUACAUGUCGGCUCUUGGGAGCUGUAUUUGUUAUGCAGAGUACCUGUGCUACCUUAAACUUGAUGGUAUGGAAGCAGAUCCUUCCAAACUUGAGUUUAGGACCUGGCGGGCCCAUUGAUGCAAGAGCUUGUUCAGAGGCAGGUGUACCAAAACAGACAAAUUGCUUGGUUCAACAAGUAAUCAAGGAUUAUUUAAUUAGAAAACCUCAUUAUUACUGCUAUGAUUUUGAGAAACUUCCAAGUGAAGGAUCUACUGAAAAAACAUUGCUUGACUACUGACUUACCCCUAUGAGGGGAGAGUGAUUUGCCAUCUGCUGCGGUGUUAAGUCUGUGUGUCUUUUUUUCUGAUUUGCUAGCCAUCACCCUAGCAAGUCCUUCAUCCUAUUGAGCAAAAACAUAAGCUCAGACCUGUAUCUCCAAACUAGUGCUUUGUAUUGAAAACUAUUUCCUUUGAAGGGAGAUGUGGAUAGUCUCCAGUUUUUCCAGGUUUUAUGCCAGACCAGUGCUAGUCACUGCUUGUUAAAAUCAGCUUUUUAAAACGUGAUUACAGCACCUUCAUUCUGGCCUUGUGAGACAUCUUAGUAUCUACCCUUCCUUUCUGUCACUCUCCCACGUACGUACACUAACUUGCAGACAGACACACAAACCCACCAGCCAUAGCAUCUCAUAAAGGUUUUUGGCUUAUCUCCCAACUGUCUUCUUAAAUGAUCUGUUCACACCACCAUCACCACUUCUGUAACAACCUGAUGCACUUGUUCCUGCAAUGAAGGGACAAUCUGUCAGUCCUGUGGCUAUCCUUGCUGCUAGAAUGAUGAUGAAAGGUAAGCAGGCAGGGUAGUCUUGCUGGCUCUUACUUGUCUUUCUGUUUUCUUGCUCUUUAUUUGGUGGUCUUUAGUAAUUAGUACUGGGCUAUAGUUCAGUGCUCUUAUAAUGGUGUCAUAUUGCAAGCAAAACUGAAGACCAGUCUCUUUAUUUCUAUAAAGAGAAGCAUAGGUAGCUCGACUAAAAUAAUAAGGAAUGUCCUUUUUCUCUUACCUAGCUAAUCAUCAGGCGCUUAUUCCAUUAUUCUCCAAAAUGGAGAGGUUCAGGGACUACAGUCUGCUAACAGUGACUAUUGAAAGGCAAUUUUUUAUAAAUACAUCUAAAAAUAUGUCGUUCAGCAUACUGAUCCUUGUCACCUUGGACAAAAAAGUCCCAACCCAGUAGCCAGUAAAACCAUAGGCUGAAAAAGGUAUUUAAUUUAUUUAAUCAGAUGUUUCAGGUGACUAACACCAGGUAAGGCUUAUCAGAAAAUGGACCAUUACCUUGUAUACUUUAAAUCAUAAGAACACUCUGUUCCUAGGGGAAUACAUUGUCAAAAUUGUGGGGGUUUUUUUCCCACUACACUUUAUGGAACCUUUAUAAUUCUCAUAGCGAUCUUGAUGGAAUUUUGUUCUUUUCCUAGUUAAUGGUUCAUGAAACAGUAUACAUUGAGCAAAAACUGUGAUUACUGGUGUGGGGUUUUUUUACUACUGAAUGCUGAAAGCUGUAUUUCUACCUUUUGAAAACCAUGGUGUAUGCUGUUAACUGACUUACAGAUGAUAUUGUAUGCCUUUUCUAACCUACUAAUAAUGAUGCUUCUAACCCAGUUAUAAUGAUGCAUUAAGAGAUGUAGAUAGUGUUUCAGAGGGCUUUUGUGUGAAGGAAGGAGACUGCUGUUCAAGCCGCUCAAGAAUUCAGAGACCUCUUUCACUUGUAGGAAAACUCGUACCAAUUUCCCUUGUAAGAGCUCACAGGUUGGUGUUGGGCUGUGUAUGGUUCUGCUACUGAAAGAUCACUCACUGCUUACUCUUAUUGAUGGUGGUGAACUGUUUUCUUUUCAUUUUAAGUCCCAUUUGCGUGAUGUUCAUGGACUUCUUUUAUUGAAAAAGUGAAUUUAUGUACAGAUGUAUUCUUUGCUUAUAGUGAUUGUUUAAUUUUUAAUUAAUUAAAAUAUUGGUAUAAUAAUAUUAUAUUAAUAUUAUUUACAGCUAGAUUAUUAAAACAACAACAACAACGAACCACCAACUAGUAGUUUGCAAAGAAUUUCCUGUGGAGGAAGACUGUGGUGGUGCUUAUAUAUUGCUUCUGAAGUUGCAUUUUUUUGAUACAAAAAUGUGCAUGGUGGUGCAACUGUAUGUGGAGUAUAAACCACAUCUGAAAAAUAACAGAGCAUUUCAGAAUUGGCAAAAGCAUUUAGUAAUGACUUAAUUUUACUUUCUUGCUGCCAAAAAUGUUCAGGAACAGGUUUUUCAGUUUGGUUUGGCACAUGAAAUACUGCUGGGAAACAAUUUGCUUAUUCCAUUUGGCUGUAAAUAACUACUUAAAAAUGUUUAUUUGAAAACAUUUGUACUGCCAUUUAAAAAUUAUGUGACUAAGUGUCCAUGCUUUAAAACAACUGUGCAUGUUUCUUAACAAGAUAUACCUCACGUUCCUUAAUGUCAGUAGGGUAGGUAUGUAUGUUGAUAUGUUUUGGUUUUGUAAAUUACAGAGCAAAUAUGUUGAUAAUUCAGGUGAGUGCCAAAGCAUACUGUUGGGAAAAUAAGUAGUCAGUUGCUCAUGCUGGUCUGUCCAUCCAAGACUGCCUUGGAGAACAGAAGUAUAUCGUUUCUUAUAAGGGCAGUAGUAACCUUUACAUUUAAGCAGACAUAUUCCAGUCAGAGAAUGGAAUAACUUCUUAAAAAUACUGGCAGUUCUUUUGGUGCACAUAUUGAUGCAGUUCUGCUCUAGUGGCUGUAAAAUGUCUGUUCUGGUUUGAUGACAACUAGACAGGAGGUGUGACAAAUAGCACUAUUUCCUUACAUGCUGAGCAGUUCUUUCCUGAACUGGCUUCAGAAUUAUAUUUUAUUGUGUUGAUCUGUUUUUUUGAGCUACUCUUGUCUGAUGUAGCUUCUGAAAUUAUUUUUUCUCUCUUGAAGCUUUGUUGGUAGUUUAAAAAAACCACAUUGGAAAGCUCCUUUAAACCAAAAAGACCCCAGCUUUUUUUCUUUGUAGGGCAUCUAAUAAAAUGGGACAAUGGUUUCCUUUUCAAUAGCUUUCAAGUGAUUUGGGAAAGGCAUUUGAGGAACUUUUACUCUAUGGGAAACUGAGUGCUGUUAAUGUAAUCAAAGGAAUUUUUGUGAUGUAGGAUUUGUUCCAUGCUGAGGCUGGUGCAAGACAGUUUUUUAAAAUUCUUUUGAAGAACAAAGUGAGCUUUCAGUUAUAUGCUAACUAAAAUUAAGUUGGAGGGGUCCUAGUAAAACUACUACUAAUUGCAGAUUUAACUUUCCUAGAGAAAAACAGUGGUUUUUUUUUUUUUUAAUUCUUUGAAAUAGACCUUAUUAUUCAGUAAUAUUCUCAUCUGAAUUAAAUUUAACAAUUGAAUUUGGUGCUUACAUCAGUCUUCUAUGCCCAUUCUUGAGUAGCCUUAUUUUUCAUGCAAGCUAGGCACCUGAAAAACAAAUUGCUAUUUAAAUGACACAUUUGGAAACCUAACCUUAGCUGUGCCUUACUGUAGCUAUUUCCCCCAAGCUAAUCUUGAGCUCAGUUCUGGUCUGCCCAUUGGGCACUGCUGCUAACACUUUUUUCCAUCCUUCUCAGUCUUGCUUCCUGGUACUGUCACUAGUGGAAUGGUGACUUUGAGGUUAUGCUAAAGUAUGUGAGUGAUUGAAACAACUGAGGCAAUCAAUCUCUCCUCCAUCGUGGACCAGGGGUCUAACAGGUUGUAUCACCUUCCUCAUCCCCUUCCAAGUUUCUUCUUGAACUCAGGUCUGACCAUAUCAAAGCUGUGCUUGCUGUUGAAAGGAGUUCCAUUAUGACUAAUAUUCUUUGUUAGGUUGAUUUUUUGUUAGUUUGAUUGUCUAGGUGAGUUCUGGGGCUGGAGUAGCACUGUGCAUAAGGAUGCCAGCGAACACGUGCUUGGAAGGCAGGACUAUAGCAGCACCAGCCUGGAUGAGCUGAAAUUGCUGCAGGCUCUGGAAAACAUCAGUGCCACCAAUGAAUAGCUUGAUCUUCCCUCUCAGCUCCAAAUGACUUGUACUGUUGUUCAUAAGGAUGUUGUCUGCUACGGAAAAUGGAGAUGUUACUACUGGGAAACCAAAUGAAGAGAAAACAUAUAAAAAGACUGCAUCCUCAGCUAUUAAAGGUGCUAUCCAGCUGGGAAUAGGAUACACAGUAGGAAACCUUACAUCGAAACCAGACAGAGAUGUUCUUAUGCAAGACUUCUAUGUAGUGGAAAGUGUCUUCCUACCAAGUGAAGGGAGCAAUCUCACCCCUGCUCAUCAUUACCCUGACUUCAGAUUUAAGACGUAUGCACCUCUUGCCUUCCGCUAUUUCAGAGAACUUUUUGGUAUCAAGCCUGAUGAUUAUUUGUACUCAAUCUGCAGUGAGCCUUUAAUUGAAUUAUCCAACCCAGGUGCCAGUGGGUCCUUAUUUUUUGUAACCAGUGAUGACGAGUUCAUCAUCAAAACAGUUCAACACAAAGAGGCUGAGUUUCUUCAGAAGCUCUUGCCAGGUUAUUAUAUGAAUCUGAACCAGAAUCCAAGGACUCUUCUACCUAAAUUUUAUGGGCUGUACUGCGUUCAGUCAGGAGGCAUUAAUAUUAGAAUUGUUGUCAUGAACAAUGUUUUGCCACGAGCCUUGAAAAUGCAUCUCACAUACGACUUGAAAGGCUCCACAUACAAACGGAGAGCAUCAAGAAAAGAGAGGGAGAAGUCCAACCCCACAUUCAAAGACUUGGAUUUCUUGCAAGAUAUACACGAAGGGUUGUAUUUUGACUCUGAAACGCACAGUGCACUAAUGAAAACACUACAGCGGGACUGUCGAGUUCUAGAAAGUUUUAAGAUCAUGGAUUACAGUCUGCUACUGGGAAUCCACAUACUGAACAGUGGCGUGAAGGAAAAGGAGGGAGAGGGUUCCCAAAGUGCAGCAGACACAAAACGUCACGGAGGGCAAAAAGUUCUCUAUUCCACAGCUAUGGAGUCUAUACAGGGCCCUGGGAAGUCGGGAGAUUCUGUCACCACAGAGACAACAAACACAAUGGGAGGUAUUCCUGCAAAAAACCAUAAAGGAGAAAAGCUGCUUCUAUUUAUGGGUAUUAUUGAUAUCCUCCAGUCUUAUAGGUUAAUGAAGAAGCUGGAACAUUCUUGGAAAGCUCUUGUUUAUGAUGGGGACACUGUUUCAGUUCACCGACCAGGUUUUUAUGCAGACAGAUUUUUAAAGUUUAUGAGCACAAGAGUUUUCAAGAAAGUCCAAGCCUUAAAGUCUUCACCUUCAAAGAAACGGUGCAAUUCCAUCACAGCCCUAAAGGCAGCAUCACAAGAAGAAGUGUGUGCAGUUAGCCAGGAGUGGAAGGAUGAAAAGCGUGGCAUUCUUGCUGAAGGACAAAGCUAUGCUAGCCUUGAUGAAGAAGCAGCACUAGGUUCACACCACCAUCCAGAUCUAGUGCCAAGCACUCCAUCUCUGUUUGAAGCAGCUUCCUUGGCAACCACAGUUUCUUCUUCUUCCUUGGAUGUAGAUGAGCACUAUCAACGUGAGCGACCUACGCUCUAUUCUAGCAGUAAAGGGUUACCUUCAAGUUCAACAUUCACUUUGGAAGAUAGUGCCAUCUAUUUGACUUCAGAACAGAGCACACUGGAAAUGGAAAAUGAUAAUGCUUCAGUUUUGGAUGUCUACUUAUAACAAAGAAUAUGUGAAGAGUAAAAGUAAAAGAAGUGAUCAUGGUUAAUGAAGAGCACUUUCUGCACUCCUCAUUUAAGAAGGAGAAACUUGCUAAGCCUAAUAGACAAAGAGUAAUAAUCGACUGAAUUUAUCGUAAGAAGCGUCAGGAUCUUUGAACCACAGAAAGAAUUGAUGGACUUGGCAAAAAUGACAUGAUACAUUCCACACUCUGCUGUCAUCUGCUGUUGCUUGCUGAACUGUGAAGAACUGUGUAUUCAGGCUGCUUUCUACUAUAUUGCCAAUCACCUUUUUUGGACUUGGAAGUAAUAUUUUCUUAUCAGGUCUCUAGUGGUUUCAUUUGCAUGCAUUCUGUAACUAUGCACAAGCAAAAUCUAUUCUCUGCUUUACCUAUUUAAAAAUAAGCACAAUUAUGAAUAAAAUUAAUUUCAUUUGUUUUGAGCCCUCAGUUCUAAUCUCUUAAGUCCACAUCAGUGGAAACUGGAACUGACAUCACAAGAGUUAAAGUAAACCUCUGAACAUACUAUAUGAAAAUGAGCCUCUAAAUAUACUUUCGCUGUUCAUAAAAAAGAGAAAAAAUUGUUAUUUAUAACAAGGCCUUAUGUUGUGUAAAUAUGUUGCCUUUGAAAUAUUUUUGAUUUUGGUUUAUUUCUUGUAAAAGAGAAAUUCUAUAAUUUAUUUAGUAAAUACUACUGUAAACUAUAGUUUUAUUGAUGAAUAAAAUAUUUUGUUCUAAAGACUA